AUGACGUCAGCAGUACCUGUGGUCAAUGGCGUCCCAUCAGGAAGCACUAGACCCGUGCGUCAAGGAUCUGGCACUCAACGAGCAGGCCGGAAGGCUCGCAUGAAAAAUAGGGGCAGCCAAACGUGCAGCUCUGAGGACGAAGACCUCCACUCAGAUGAUAACCUUCGACCUUAUGAGGAAGUGAAAGUGGCUCACCACGACAAGAAACUCGCUGGUCUUG